AUGGUGGCCUAUUGGAGACAGGCUGGACUCAGCUAUAUCCAAUACUCCCAGAUCUGUGCAAACGCAGUAAGAGAUACACUGAACACUGAAUUCAAAGCAAAUGCUGAAAAAGCUUCUGGCAGCAGUGUAAAAAUAGUGAAAGUUAAAAAGGAGUUAUGUAACCUGACUAAUGCUACAUUCUCAAGAUGA